GACAGCGUGCCCUCGGGCGACAAGGACAGAGUGUCGCGGGUGACUGGAGGCAGUUCUCGUGCGAACGGAGAUGUCACGGAAAGCGGUGGCGGAGGACCGAGAGGAGAUUGGUCGGCAUCGCUGCCGCCGUCGCCACUGGCGGCGUGCACGGGUCGGCGAGGUGGGGUAAGGGAAUAGGGGAUCGUCAUCCUCAGGUUGGAGGCGGUGGCACUUACGUUUAGACUUCAGUCGGCACCCGCGACUCACGCGGUUAUGAGUUUCCUUCGUUUAUCGAUUUAUCCACGCAAUCGUCCGAUCGGUAUACAAGUGAUCAAUCAUUAUUUCGUCCGAUCAGUAUACACAUUUAUACGUCUUACUUAUCGACCGAUGAUCGAUUUACAAAAUCAUUCGAUGACUGCUACGACGCGACUACAUUUCCACAUCGAUUGAUAUGUUACAGUUUUUUUUUUUCUAUUUCACUUGAAGAAUACAUCGUGUAAUAUCGAUUCGAUUUGUGAAGUCAUAUAUACAAGAAGUUAGACCGUCUGUUAGAUACGCAAAAGGUCGCUGGUCGAGGUUGCAGGCACACCGAUAUUCAAGACGCAGCAUUAUCAUUUUUACGAUUACACAAAUCGAACGAGAGAAACCACAUUGCGUUUUAGGAUAGUGUCAUAUACGAUUUUAUAAAUUUUUUUACACGUUAUCUCGAAAAAUUGUUCUUGAAGAUAAAUCGGAAAAUUUAUUUUAUUAUCGACGAUAUUGCUUCGAGGGCAUUGAGAUCCGACACGAUCGAUCGAAUAGAAUCGAAGAAUAUAUCCAUUUCGUGACAUUUAAAAUUCAUAAAGCGAAAUCUUCGCAACGUUUAAAAAAGGAUUUCCAUAUUGGAAUUGUGCAUGUCAAGUUUUGAAUAUAUCGAAUCGAGAUCGAAUGUACAAGAGGAAUUGUCAGAAGCAACAUCGCGCACAAAGUAUCGGGAGUGUUUCGAAAGUUCUAAUUUUUUUUCCUGCCGGUAUAAACAGCGACAUCGUCGUGUUCACUUGUCGUAACCGUUUCCCCUCCCUGUGUGAAACUGUGACGCAGCCCUCUCUCCUUUCCACGCGCUUCGCAUUCCCGGUCGUUUCCACUUCUUUUCGACGGACCACUCGGUUCGACGUGUCCUGGACGACAAUUUUAUCGGUCAUCGAAAGGCUAUGCGUCCACAACGAUUCGACCGUCAGCCAACCACGUCUUUAUCUACCUCGUGCACACGAAUGAUGUUUCUCGAGUUUUUCGACGAGAAGACGCGUGUCCCUUAAGGAGAAGCUCAACGACGUUGUUAAUCGUGUGCACUAUACCGAUCGAAGUUCCUAUCGAAGAAAGUUCCCAAGCCCUUUAUUAUUGGAAAAACUAUCGUUAUUAAUUACGCCAUACUUCUUUUUCGUCACACACACACACACGAUAUCUAGUUUCUUGGUUAUAAACAGACGAGAAGAUAUCGAUAGAAGGAAACACGAUCUUGCCAUUGUCGCAAAAAUUCAAUUGGGUUUUAUGAAGCAUCAUCGACAAUCCGGGAUUACAGAGUUGGAAGAGAAUAGCAAAUGGAUAUAGAAAUCGUUCUUUAGACGUGUUGAGGAGAAACGAGACUUGGGGAAAAAAGAAAGAAAGAAAGAAAGAAAGAAAGAAAGAAAGAAUCGAGUGUGUGUAUAUAUCGGUGUACGUAUAUCUGUAACGGUUAGUACAAGCGUGCGCUCGUUUUUUUGCCCUCCCUUUCUUCUUUUUUCGUUCCUUCGACGCGUGUUCGUGCGACAGAGAGCAACGGUGUGUGUGUGUUCGCGAGUGAUCGUCAAGAACAUGGGAGUUCUGUUGGUAUCGGAUGGCACAGCGGCGGUUCAACCUCGUAUGAAUUUGAACACUGUUAAAGCUGCGGGAGCGCAGCGUGCGAUCGACGUUGGUAACGAGACGAAUAACAAUGUAAACGGCCUGAGAGACGCGAAUAGUCCGAUGCCGACGCAGGUCGUCGGUAUAAUCAACGUGGUCAACGACGAGCCGGUGCGCAGCUGGAUGCCACCUCCACCUAAGAAAAAAUGGAUACGACAUUAUCUGCUCGAGGAGGAGCCGUUGGAAAAUAAUAGGACGAAUGGGAAUCACACGGCGAGCUCCCGAGGUAGCCCCGUGAUCUCGAGCACGCGAGUAACGCCACCCUCGGCGAGCGCCAACUCGGCUCAUCUGACCGCCCUGCACUCCGCGUCGCACCACCACCACCACCUAUCUCAUCACCAACAGCAGCAGCAACAACAACCGGCGCAGCAGCAACAACAGCAGCAACUGCAACACCAACAACAGCAGCAACAACAACAACAACAGCAACAGCAGCAACAUCACCAUCACCAUCACCAUCACAACAAUCACAACAGUACCCAUAAUCCUUACGUGGAAAAUCAUAAUUCGAAUCACGCGCAACAGAAUGCUGGCAAUCUCGUCGUCGACGUUGAACCGAGCCACGACAAUAAGAAACAUCGAAAUGGACCGUGCGUAAUCCGUUCUGGCACCAGAGAAGUGCAUAACAAAUUGGAGAAAAAUCGAAGGGCACACCUGAAAGAAUGCUUCGAAUUGUUGAAGAGACAGCUUCCCUCGCAAGAAGAGAAAAAAUCCUCGAAUCUUUCGAUUCUUCAUGCUGCGAUCAGGCAUAUACACAUGUUGAAAAGGAAGGAACGUGAUUAUGAGCACGAAAUGGAAAGGCUUGCCAGAGAAAAAAUUGCUGCUCAACAGAGAUUGUUAGCUUUGAAGAAAGAACUUGCUGCUACGUGGGAUCAUAUUGAUUUUAAUACUCUUUUACCAGAACAGAAUUCGGUUGCCGAUAUAACGGCCACGAGAAGUGUUUCAGAAAACAUGGAGGUUGAUGUGACUGGGCUUGCUCGGGGUGGUACAAGGUAUAGUAGUACCAGCAGUCUGAGCAGCGCAGCCACGGUCAGUUCACCACAGACACUUCAAACCACUAGUACGACUUCCAAUAUUCAUAAUCAAGUUGCCACCGCAGCUGUAGUUUGCCAAACGCAAGGAAUGAAUCUUGCACCAAGCUCUAGGGAAAGUCCACCUACGAGUUCAAGUCCUGGAUCAUCCGCACCUAGCAUUCCUACUCCGGCACAGGAGAAAGUUAAUACUUCACCAACGGGUAUAGUACAGCAGCCGCACCAGCUGCACUUACCGAUCAACGCUCAGAUAUUGAACACGAGUCAAGGUUUACCAACUAUCGUCCCAACGCUUCAACACAUCGGGCCGAGUUUGAGGGUGAUACCCGGUGACACAAGGCAACUUCUGGUUACUCACACAGCUGGCAAUAACGAGUCCAGGCCGCUCACGUUAGCUGUGCAAAACUCGUCGGAUCAAUCGAGGCCGCUCAUUGCCGUGCAAUCGAACACUGGAAGUGAGCCAAGGCCCGUAGCGCUGGUCGUUCACUCGUCCACGGCCAACGACAACAGGGUAACGAUCGUGCAUUCUAAUCUAUCCAACAACGACAGGCCGUUGGCCCUAGCCGUGCAGUCGUCCGCCAAUGACGUCAGGCCAGUUACAUUUGUGCACUCUGCAAACGAGGGAAGGCCGUUAGUUCUUGCUGCGCAUUCUCCUGCAUUGAAUGUGUCAAAUGCUCAAACAAGGAUAAGAGCGGGAGAUGCGCAAACCACGCAUAAAAUGGUUGGUGGUGUGACAUUGGUAGGCGGAAACGGAUCAGAAUUGACCAGACUUCCCGGUGGCGCUGAAUUAAACAUACUCCCUGCAAAUGGAUUGACGUUGAGCCACACAGGUGUGUCGCUUCAAACCGCGACGGGUAAACCAGGUUCGACAGUGAUGCAAAACGCUCCGUCCACAGAGGGUAUAGCUCACAUCGUUGGCCCGCACACACCCCUUUCCGGCCUCACGCCGAUCGUCACUCCGAUGACAGUUGUUUCCCAAGGAAACCAAGUGACCGCUCAUAUACUGGCCCCCUCCAGCCUUGCCGGCAAAAUGAUAACCACCCCAAUUUUAAAAUCUGUGGCGCAAAUGCCGAUCGUGAACGCUCAGUAUAUCAACACAACCACCCUGGUGAAGCCUGUUGUUGUCGUCAGCUCACCGUCAACCACGUCCACGCCCCAAUCGACGACGGCUUCCAGUACGCAACCCUCCUCGACCACGCAUUCGACCGUCUGACAGAAUCAAAGGAAAGUGAAACUAGCUUGAUUUGAAAUGGCUAGCGUAUUUUUCUGCGUAUCGAAGCACGAAAUUGCGGAGAUUAUCGGGAUAUCGGUACAGAUAUAUUUGUUUUGUUAUUAUUAUUAUUAUUAUUAUUAUUAUUAUUUAACGCGUGUAUCAGGAUCAACACGCGAUCGAUACACAAUUGUGUUGUUGAUGGGAGAUAAAAUGUAAAAAAAAAAGAAAAGAAAAAAAAAAAAUACGGCAAAUUACGGCAAGAAUUAUAUGGAAUUAUAUGGAGGAGAAGAAUGAGAGGAGAAUUCUGCCCGUCACGACUGCUAUUCCCGACAUCAUCGAAGGAGAAUUUCUUAUAUUUUUUCUGAAACUUCAAUUGCGUUCCUUCGUGUUUUCAAUUUUGAAUUGUUUAUGCUCUUUUUUUUUUUUUAAAGAGCGAGAGAGACGACUGAGAUGUAAAGGUGUUAAAAAUGCCGUUGCUCAACUCGUGCAUGAUUUGUACCUUUGGAAACUGGUACUCUUGAGAGAUUAGUACUUAUCAGAGGGGUAAAGUUUUUUUUUUUUUGGAAAUUGGAACAGACGCAAGCGUCAUAAAAAUUAAAUAUCGAUUAUUAAUGAGGCAGCUUCGAAUGAGAAUAAAAAUUUUCCUUUCCUGGAAGGAACCACGUUGAUGAUGAAAUUUCUUCAAUGUGUGAGCAUUUAAUAUCCAUUUUGUAAAUUCGAAAGUUUCAAUGGUUUAUUCGAUGAAUUAUUUUUUUUUUUUUUU